CAUACGACGCAGUUUACGACCGACGUUCAGGGAGCGCGGUUGAUGCUCCGGUUCGUUCUCUCAUCUUCUCGCUCUCUCCCUCUCGUGGAUGUGUACGUACUUCAGAGUGAGGUGCGCGGAUGGUGCGAGACGGCCUCGCGGUGAAACUCGAUUCGAAUUUCGUUAAUGAAAGAGAAAAGAUAAUGAAGGAGAAAAAGUAAGAAAGAGAGUGAACAUAGACUCGAACAAACAUACGAAUACGGAGAUCGGUCCGAUGUUGUUAUCAUCGAUUUGAAACAAUCGAAAAUCGGGAGUAAAGUAAAACGCGCGGAGACAAUAAGAGAACAAUCACAAUAAUGUGAAUCUGUGCGAAGAGUUUCGGCUAAUCUCUGAUGCUUGUUUGCUAGUUACAAUUGUUGAGUUCGAACCUCGCCGACGAAAGGACGCAGCCAGGUCAUACUUCGCAGCAUGGAUCUACAACGAAAACAACAACAGAGGGAAGAGCAUCGGGAGCAGCGACGCGACCUCAGCGUUGUUUUCGCUAUCGCAGUGUCCUUGACGAUCAUUGCAAGCGGCGUUGGAGCGACUGACGGAGAGGAUAAAUUGGCAGCGGUAUCGAGUCUGAGAAUAUCGGAUUCAGCGGGGAUCGUUUAUUCUAACAAAACGCUGCCGGAAGUAAAACCGAUCGAGGAAUCGAGGGAGAGGAAAGAGAUGGAGGUGGAGGAGGGAAUCGGCGACGAUGAAGACGAGGAUGAAACCCUGGGUGGAGAUGAGGCCGAGGAGUACGAUGGCGAGGAAGAGGACGAGGUCAACGAAUAUACCGAGGAAUUGAAGGCUCUCGCUGAAUCACACGAAGCUAUGUCGCGACGCGACGAUCAACAUCCGGGGACGAAGAAUCGCAGCGGAAACGGUCAGUCUUCGCCUUCCGGGAGUCCGGAUCUUCCUCUCCGGCUCGAUACGGCCAAGAAGGAUUUUGACUCGAGGGAGAAAAGCGUCGAGAGCGGAUCCGACGAGAGCGAAACUUCGAACGAAGCCAUUCUCGAUGGUACAGAAUCGGAAGACAAGGAGGUGACCGAACUCCUAAAGUACAAAGGGACGAAUCACUUCAGAGUCGGUGGCAAGAAUGAAGGGAAGGAGGACAAGGAUGAAAGUGUGAAGAUGAAACGAGUACCGACGGUAAAAAAGGAACUGAGCACCCAGAAGGAGAUCAAAACACGGAAUGAUUCCAGUGCAGUUGAGAAGAGAUUCGGCACAAAGGAGACACUCGAGGGGCUAAAUGAUGAGGCCAAGCAGAAUUCGAUGGGACAGGCGAAGGAAUCCCGGGAUGAUAAAACUGCGAGUAUCUUGACUUGUGAGUCAUCCGGUGUUAGUGAUGUUGACGAAGAGGAGUUCAUGGAACCGGAACUUGAAGAUUACAUGGACGAAAAUUUGGACGCCGAUAAGCCAACCGAUUUUAAAGUCGGUAACUUUGAUCCCGCGAAGCUUGAGGACCCAAGGAAAUUGGACAAGAGGCAGGAAGCCGUUCUUCGCGAUUUGGAGGCUUAUUUGAGGGCUGAAUACGAUGCGGAACAGGAACAACAGCAGAAGCUUCAAGAGCUUGGAGCCCAAGAAGGCGCCCUGGCCGAAAGUUUGCUCGAACUGCUGGUGAAGCUUGCCGAAAACCCUCGUCGAUGGAAACGAGUUCAUCGACUUCUCAUGGACGUCGAGGGUGGCUUGGAGCUUUCGCGGCAAGCGCUCGAGGCGAGAAAAAGAGCUUUUAAUCUGAACUCGUCGGCUGCGACGACUGUGACGCCGACUACUACGUCCCCGGUUUCAACGACACCGAAAAAACCCCGUAAAAAACCUAAGCUAAAGAAAAAGAAGAAGAAGCAGAGACACCACAGAUUUUCUACAACUACCACCAGCCUGCCGACCACCAUACCAUUGCUCACGACCACUGAAGCACCCUGGCUUAUAACCACACCGAUGAAGUGGCGAUUGGUUGCCGAAAGACUAUUCGGUCCUCCGUGGGCUCAAGAUUUGCAGGACGAUCCGGAAGUGGCUAAGGUGCGUCUCACGGCGCCGUCGGGACCGAGAAAAGUGUCGCUUGUAGGAGGAGGUCGCGACUUCGUCGAUCAGUUAGGGGUGCGAAAGCAGCUGGACGAGCACAAGGCGUUGAACACCGAGCGUCAGGCGCUGAUGUUGGAGUCUUCGCGCGAGUACACGGAGCCGCGUCGAGUUCAUUACGGGAAGGUGAGCACCCACCAGGGUGGAAUAUCAUCGAGUCGGGAACCGUCGGCGGAGGGCGUCGCCGGUUUCCGAACUGGAAAUCGGGACCCGGCUCGGGUUCGAGGCUACGAUCCGCCACAGGAUCGUCGGCUGGGUCUCGGCAGCUACGCUGCCCAGCUUUAUUCCCGGGGCCACAUGACCUCGGCAGGUGACGAAUUCGGCCCCGUUCAGAGUUAUGCCCAAAAUCGCGAGUAUCGGCCGCCAGGUCGGGAAUACGCGGCAAGCGCGAGCUGGCGGGAUUCUAGAUACAAGUACGGACGGCCGAGUUGGAAAGCCGAGGAUCCGGAACAGUGGCGAAACUACAAAUUCGAGCCCAGGGAAUACUGGUCUUCCAGAAAUACCGCUUGGGAAAGACGCCCUGCUCCAUGGGAACCGCCAAAGAAUCCCGCGCCCUGGGAGGAAGCGGUCUCCGCAUCUCAGACCAAGGGCAACGACGAAUCGGCCGGUACUCCCGACCCGAAAAUCACCGUCAAGACCUGGAAUAGCCUCACCUCUGAUCCUGCUACGUGGCCGUUUAAACUCGCGGAUACCAAACCAUGGCCCAAAGAUGCUAAUGGAAAAUCUUAUAAUCCCAAUGCCGCCUUGGUUAGGAAACUUGGGCUCGAUCAAGACGCGAAAACUCAACUCGAGACUCACAAUGUUGGAAGCGAUUUGCUGCAACUGCAGAAGAGCAACGGUCCAUCGGGAAUGAAGUACAAGGGAAAAGGUAAGGAACUGAAAAAAGAGGCGGCGACGACAGGUGUCGAAGCGGUGGAAGGGUGGUCGCCGAAAGCGGCCAUGUCUCCGAAGAUUCAAUCGGUCGGUGCAUGGGUGAUGCCGGCGGAUCAGUCGACCUGGAAGCCGUAUAAUCUGAAGACCGUCGACUCGUACGGCGAACCGAACAGACAAAGAUGGAACCCAGAGUUCCCGGGUAAGUUUUCGAAACAGGGAGACGCUGGAAGCUGGCCGAAGUGGAAACAGUUCGCCUAUCACAGAGUUACCGCCACCCCAAUUUUAAGCCAAGGAGCUCCCCUCGACGGGCCGAGGGCACGGAAUAACGCGUACAUCGCGGUUUCUGCCGUUACUUCACCGAAGUACAAUGGUAAUCAAUGGAGGAAAAACGACAUCGAGGAAACUCCGGUCGCUCAAAACGCCGCACCGCCUCUUUUAGACUCCGAUCAUCCUGUGAGUCAACUCAGAGCAGCCGGUGGCCCCCCUAUUUACACAUGGAAAAAGGACGGCGUUACUUCCAAGGUCGGUGUUGAUACUGGAAAAGUAAACGCCACCGAUCCACUCGAGGAACAACUCGAAACUCUGAGGAGGGACACCGCCUGGUCGCAUGAUGAAAAUCGCGACAAGAUUAAGAAACAGCUGAAUGUGAUUAACGAUGCUUCGGAGACGUUAGCCUCUCGGUUUGCAUCGGGAGGUACGUCAAACUCUUCAAACGAAUUAGAAACGUCAGCAAUUCCCGCUGAGGAUGGUGGCAAGGGUCAUAACAGUCCUAAUCUUGAUGCAGAUACUGACCAGAAUACCAAGGAUGUCUCGCAUAAAUAGAGAUCAUCCAACCGCGAGGGUGGUUCUGAUAUAUGUCUAGAUACCGUAUUGUUCCGAAUAUAAGCCGAGGGGCUUUUUUUUUGCCAGCACCCGGCAAAAUCGUCCUCGUCUUAAAAUAAAACACCCCGAAAUACUGUUUCAAAAUUGGGGGUCGGCUUACAGUCGGAACAAUACGGCACAUUUGUGGAAAAGAAAUGUUAUUGAAGAAAUGGGAGACAUGAGCAAAGUGAAGUGGCAUGACUUUUUUAUUUAUUUAUUUGUGUUUUUUUUUUAUUAUUAUUUUUGCCUAUCAAUUUUUCUACCACACUGAAUGAAAUGAAUAAAUGAACGAAAAAAAACAUUUUUAUUCCGAAUAAUUGAUGAUGCUGAACUGUGUGAAAAGUUAUUUUCUCUUUGACCUUGUCUCCCCUAAUUCAAUACACGAGGCAUUGUCAUUAUCAAUUUAGUAAUGCACACUAUAGCUACAGGAAAUAGAUUGGCGAACGUAGCAAUGGCACAGAACGAAUAGUAAUUGACCAGCUCGAAGCAAAGAAUUGCAGAUGGGGAGAAAGUGAGAUCUUUAAACAACUGCCACUGUAAAGGAGAAUAAUUUGCGAAAUUGCAAUUUGAACAACUGCUGCAGCGUUUAAUAUUUUUUUCAUAAUAAAUUUUAACAAACUUGCUGUAUGUAUUCAUAAAUUGAAGACCGGUGGAACGUUACACAGUCCAAAAAAUGUUAUUAUGCUUACAAUAAUAACAAAAUUCUUGAUUCUAGUCAAUAUCGUAUUUUUUGUUAAUUAAAUAAAUAAAAUAAAAUAAUAAUUAUACUUAUAUGUUUAUCAAUUCAUGGUGCAUAUCCACCUGGUAAUGACAAGGAUUCUAAUGUACGGCAGGGCAGAUUAGUAUAAUACUUUACAGACAAAUGUCAUACAUCCAUUUACGAAAAAUAUGUGUUGACAGUAUGACAGAUUCUUUCUAAACCAUUUUUAACAACAAUGCUUUACAAUUCGCUCAAGCACCUUGAUAUACGUAUCCAGAAGUCCAUACUGAAACGUCUUUUGUGCGUCAGAAAAAAUUAGCGAUCUAUGAAAAUAUUGUGGUAAAGAUUUAAAAAACGAAAACAUUCUAAUUGAACAUUCAUUGCCUAAAUCAUCACGUUAAUCCUGCCAUUGGUACUCACACCAUUGAUAUAAAUUAUAAAUAAUCUAGGAAGGAUUAGCAGAGGAAACAAAAAAUAAUAGUUUUUGUGUUUUAAUCGGAAGUUCUUAACUUGAAGAUGUGUAUAAGAGUUAAAUAACAUGAUACUUUGUUUCAUAAUUUAUUACUAUAUAUAUAUACAUAUAAAUAAUGUAACGUACCGCAAAAACGUGAUCGUUAUAAAAAUUGGGAAUGAGCUGAACAUGAAGUUCGCGUGGAUCUUAAGGAUCAUGAGAAUAACUGGCAACGCUGCAACUGCGGUGUAUAACGUAUUUUGUAUAGAUGUAGUCAUUAGUAGAUUUAUUAAAUUAACUAUAAUUAAUUUAAAAAGUAUAUAUAUAUAUGAAUAUAAUUAUAUGAUACCAAAGCUUGACCAAAAAAUGAAGUGGAAAAAGAAAAAAAAACAUACAUUUUACACACAGCAACACAAUCUUGGAAAUACGGUCGUUGUGUAAAGGCAGCAUACAUACUAUAGUAAUAAUUUAUUAUGUAACAAUAUAAGUACUCGAUGCAGAGUUGAUCCCAUAUCACAUUCGUUACUUAAUUAAGUACUAAGUUAUAUAUUAUAUAGAUAUAAUUGUUUCUGGAAUAGAAUUGCAGACAACACUUUACUAUGUAAUUCUAUUCACUAUUAAUUUUUAUCGUAUAUACUGAUGUGAGAAUAUACAUUAUGAUAAUCAUAUCAAGGAAUUAAUUGAUGUUAUUACGGUUAUCGUUAUGACUUUUUAAAUUUAUUUUUUAACUCACCGAAUCCCGGUAUAGAUAUUUUUUCUAGCUGCAUGGGCUUCACGAUUUGAAAUUUAUUUUCGAGGCUUCAUUGUAAAAAUAGAAACAAACGAUGAAGAAAAAUUUCAAAUCAUAUAAAAUAAAAUCUUUAAUUUCUCGACGGCUAUGUGAUUUAUUAGAUUGUUGUAUGUGUGUUAUAACAUGUGUAGUAAUGCGCACACCUAACAACUGUGAUUGCCGUCACAAUUCUACGUUACGCUGUGAAAAAUAACAACCACAGCAAGCAAAAAUAAAUAAAUAAUCCAAAACCAAGUGUGGGUGACAGUGAAAGCAUACGAAAAAAUGCAUGCUGUAACGGGAUAUAUUAUCAUAUUAAUAUAUUUUAAUGUCUAUUUACCACAAAAUAUAAAAUGUUGACAUAAAAGUCACGAA